GCCGCCAUGGACAGCUUCGCGGAGCCACACAGGCCCAUCGACCACACCGUCGCCCUCGCAGACGUCCGCACUGAAGUCCGCAAACUCGAGGCCGAGCUCCACGAGAAGGGCGUCCCACUCUCCGGACGCAUCAUUCAAGUAUGCCAUUACCUGCCAGUUACUUGCGCGUUUUCGCGCCGUGCGCGCCCAGCAGACAUCCCUAGUCCUCCAGCCACGCCUCCCGCAAAGGCGUCCGACAUCCCCCCUUCCCCCGUAGAGGCCGAGCACACCGACUCCGCACUUCCAGCACCGCGCGGCGCGGUCCCAGAGCCGCCUUCGUCUCAAUGGUCUGUUAACGUCCGCUACGGCCAUUCUGCGAUGGUCAGCGGCAUCGACUCGCUAGCGAGCACGCACGAGCAAAUCCUCAUCGGGUGGACGGGAGACAUCGAGUCCUCGUCAAGUGCGGUCCCUCAGGCUGCCGCCCAGUCUUCUUCGGGCCCUUCGGACCUUCCCACCAGCAAGGUCUCCGCGAGCGAACUCAGCGGAGACGACAAGAAGGAGCUGGAGGCGCUCCUGGACGAGUACAAGUCGCGCGACGAGCCCCAAGACGGGAAGAAGAUUCGCUACGUCCCAGUAUGGCUCGACGAUAAGGACGCGCAUGGGCACUACGACGGAUACUGCAAGCAAACACUCUGGCCGCUCUUCCACUAUCUGCUGUGGCAAGAUGUCGCCACCGAAUACGCGUCUGCAGACGCACACUGGGCACCCUACUCGGCAGUCAACGCCGCGUUCGCUCGUCGCGUCGCCGAGGUGUACCGGCCCGGAGACCUCGUCUGGAUUCACGACUACCAUCUUCUCCUCGUCCCUGCACUCCUGCGGCAGGCAGUCCCCGACGCCGCAGUCGGCCUCUUUGUGCACACGCCCUUCCCGAGUUCGGAGGUAUUCCGGUGCCUGCCUCGCAGGAAGGAGAUCCUGGACGGCAUGCUCGGCGCGAACCUUAUCUGCUUCCAGACGUACUCGUACUCUCGGCACUUCACAUCUUCGUGUGUUCGGGUAUGUGGAUACGAGGUGACGCCGCGCGGGGGCAUCGAUGUGCAGGGGCAUGUCACCGCCAUCGGAUACUCCCCUGUAGGUGUCGACGCGAAUCGCGUUGCGAAGGACAUUCUUCGCCCUGGCAUCGAGCCUAAGCUCAACGCCCUGCGUGCACUAUACGAGGGCAAGAAGAUCAUCGUCGGCCGGGACAAGCUCGACGUUGUCAAGGGAGUUGUUCAGAAGCUUCGCGCCUUCGAGAAGUUGCUUCAGGACUACCCCCAGUGGAUUGGCAACGUCGUCCUUAUCCAGGUCACGUCUCCUGCCCUGACGGACUCGCCCAAGCUCGAACGGCAGGUUUCUGAGCUCGUCGCCCACAUCAACGGCGAAUAUGGCUCGCUAGACUUCAUCCCCGUGCAUCACUACCACCAGACGAUCAAGAAGGACGAAUUCUAUGCGCUUUUGUCUGUUGCCGAUCUGGGCGUCAUCACCCCGCUUCGCGACGGUAUGAACACCACCUCGAUGGAGUUCGUCAUUUCGCAGGAGCGCUCUAAGAAGAGCCCGCUGAUCCUGUCGGAGUUCAUGGGCAUCUCGAGCACCAUGACUGAGGCCCUCCAGAUCAACCCAUGGAACCUGAGCGAGGUCGCGGCUGCCAUGCACCGUGGGCUGACAAUGCCGGAUGACGAGAAGGCACGCCGCCACCUGCAGCUAUAUAAGACCGUCACGACGCACACGUCGCACACCUGGGCCACGAUCCUCACGAAGAAACUUCUAGAGCGUCUCGGAAGCCAGAACAUGGCGCGUCAGACCCCGUUCAUCCCCAAGGGCCAGCUCGAGCAGCACUAUCUCAAGGCGAAGAAGCGCCUCUUCCUCUUCGAUUACGACGGGACGCUCGCGCCGAUAGUGAAGACGCCCAGUGCGGCGACGCCGACGAAGGACACGCUCCUCGCCCUCGAGACGCUGGCUGCGGACCCGCAGAACAUCGUGUACAUCAUCUCUGGGCGCGACGGUGAGUUCCUCGAGACGCAUCUCGGGCAUAUCAAGAACCUCGGCAUGUCCGCCGAGCACGGUGGCUUCAUCCGCGAGCCCGGCUCGUCGACGUGGUCCAACUUCACCGAGUCGCUCGACAUGAGCUGGAUGAGCGAGGCGCUCGAGAUCUUCAAGUACUACACUGAGCGCACGACGGGCAGUCACAUCGAGGUCAAAAAGAGUUCGAUCACUUGGCACUACCGUUCGGCAGAUCCGGAGUGGGGUCUCUUCCAGUGCCAUCAGUGCCAGGAUCUUCUCGAGAACAACCUCGCACGCAAGCGGCCCAUCGAAGUCUUGGUCGGAAAGAAGAACCUCGAGGUUCGCCCUCUCGCGAUUAACAAGGGCGAGAUCGUCAAGCGGAUCCUCUACUUCCACCCCGACGCCGAGUUCGUCUUCUGCGCGGGCGACGACAAGACCGACGAGGACAUGUUCCGCGCGCUCCUGCUGUUCCCCAACAACGAGACGCACGCGCGCCUCGACCCGCCGCUCUCCGUCACGCUCCUCGCGACGGGCAAGGAGGCGGAGAAGUUCAAGACCGUCGACCUCGCGAUCGAGCGCGACGCGGUGUUCACGACCGCCGUCGGGCACAGCAGCAAGCGCACGCUCGCCGUGUGGCACGUCACGACGCCCGAGGAAGUCGUCGAGCACAUGCUCUACCUCGUGCGCGUCGCCGGCUCCGCCGAGCCCAGCAGCAGCCUAUAGAUGCGAGGCGCGCAAUCACGACCGCGACGAACGGCAAGGCGAAGAGGGGACAGCAGCAACAGCAACAGUGUAUCAUCAAAGGUGUAUCAUACAGACGACUCUCACAUAUCUCGGCGGGCGGACGUUUUCUCUCUCUCGGGCUCCAUGCUUACACGCCCAGUGCUUACCAUCCCUCUGUAAUGGCGGCGCGACGCCGCCUGGGCGUACGACGACGUGGUAGUUGUGGACUUCUUUCUUGAUUUUGUACCAAUAUACGCAUAGACAUACACAAUCUCAUCGGUUCACCGUCC